UUGGCGUUAAGUAUUGCAUUAACAAAUCUCUUCCCGGGAAGGUGAAGCCCCAUUUUAGAGGUCUCGAUAGGAUUGAGGGAGAUGUUGGAAGUUCAUUAAGCGAUGCUAAGCGGCGUUGCCUGAGUGCAGGCAGUCCCUGGGGAGGGUCCCUGGGAUGGAUACCGGGAUUUGGGGUCUCGGUGCUGAUGCUCCGGGAAGGUGGAAUCAGAGGUUCCCCCACGCUGCAGAGGGAGCGGGGAUGCUCAUCCCCAGGGCUGGGCGGUGUGAGGGAUGCUGCGGUCGGUAGCUUUCUAAUGCUUGUCUCUAUACCUAUUCCUAUUUCUAUUCCGACCUCUAUCCCUAUCCCGACUUCAUGCCCUUGAAACAUCGUUUACCACUCUUCCCGUUUCUUCCCCCAAAAGAGCUGUGCUUAAUGCUGUCAUCUGCUCAGCAUUAAGCUAGAGAGCUCAGGCUGAGUGCUCACUUAAAGCACCCAUAACCACCAGAAGGACCAAAAAGUCCCUAAUAACAAGGUGGGGCUGUGUGGGGGGAGUCUCGCUGUACACCUCCACUCUCCUUCAGCUCUCUGGUUCCCAUCGGGAUUUUCUCUGAAAAUUCGAGCAAAAGGAAACAAAGCGUUGAAGUAAAUACGGGACUUUCUGCUGGCUCUUGUUCUUUUCUCUCUGCAAAGUUCCUCUUUUCAUACCUUUUUUUCCCUUAGGAAACGCGACUAGGAGAUCCCUAUAUAGGGAAUAGGAGGGAGGUGGGAACCGAGAGGUGUCGUAGGAAAACGCAUUUCGUGGCUUCGGAAGCGCACAAAACAAUCCUUUAAAUAUUACAUAUCGUCCCAGGAUGGGGACGGAGCUGCUCUUUCCUUGCGGGGGACGCGGGCGGGCUGGCUCUGGUAACGUCCCCAUACUCGUUUCAUCGCACACCGGGAGACGUAGGACAUCGGUGUGAGCCGAACCCCCGGGGCCGAGCAGCUCUGCCCGCCAGAAGUUGGUGGAUUCUGCUCUGCAGCUGGUGGAUUCUGCUCUGUAGUGCUUCUUUUGGACCAGAAAAAUAAUAGCCCCGCGUGAGAAUCCCAGGUUGGCAAAUGGUUUAACGCUACUUUUCUCUGAGGUUUACAUGAUGAGUGACAGACUCUUAAGCAACCUGGAUAAACUCCUGCUUGAAUUUGUUUUCCAGCUAAAACAAACUUCUUAUGCAAAGGAACAUGUAAAUCAACAGAUAAACUUGUAUUCUUCAAAAAUCACGGAAAAAAGGAAUGAAAUUGCGAGACUGCAGGAAAAUAUAAAUAACUGCAAUGAUGCAAUUGCUGAUUUACGCAAGCAAAAUGAGAACAGUAAGGACAGCUGUAACGUCUGGAAGCCCACAUAUGCAAUUCUUAGCAAGCAUGAAGAAUAUUUGAAGAAUGAACUUGAAGUUUUACAAGAAGCCACUGAAAAUGAGAGGAAAAUGUAUCAAGAUUACAUCAUCCAGUAUAAAGAGACUCUGAAGCAACACCGUGAAAAAUAUGCAGAAACUGCCCUUGCACAGGAAUAUUACAAAAAAAAGAAAGAGCUUGAGGAAAUCCAGAACAGAAUUCAGAAACGGUCUGAACAAUAUAAAUUGAAAGAAGAUGCUAACUUGGACAUUCUUGAGCCUGCUCCUUUUAAAUCCAUUAAUGACUGGGCUAUAUAUAUUGCUUCUUUGAGGCAAAAAACACAGGAAAUGUUAAAGCUUGCUGAAACUGCUACACGAGAAUCAGCUGAACUAGAAAAAGAAGCAGACGAAUUAGAAAUGAAAAUUAAUUAUUUAAAAAAGACAUUUGAGGAAACCGCGGAAAAACAAAAUAAUUCAGGAAUGAUUGAAGGAAAAAAUCUGAAAAGUCUGGAGAAACCGAAGGAAUUUAAAGAAAGGGUAUUUGAAGAGAGUGAACAUCCUUCUUUGUUACAUGAGAAACAUCAACUGUGCAAACCAUUGCAGCUCCCAUGCAUUCCUCGGAAAUCAGUCCAGUCUUUACAGACUACCAGAUUCUCUAUGCAGCGAACAGAAACAGGGAGAGAAGAAAAAGAAGAUCCUAUGGAACAAUCCAUCUCUACUAGCAGUUCUUCCAGCCAUGCAGAAAAUCCAUCACAGAUGGUUAGUGGCUCUGCUGUGACUGCUAAUCUGCAAGUUGCCCAAGUUCCAUCAAUAGCAAGUUUUCAAAGCCAAACACAGUUCAGACUGCUACGGCCUCCAAAGCAAGUGACUACUAAUCAACAGUUUGAGAGUGAAAAAAGUGGAGUAGAAGACCAAGAGGCCAAAUGUGAUGAUAAAGAAGCAGGAGAUGAGCCUAAGGAUUCUUCUUACAUACCUCAAGACAUACAUACGUAUUUUAAGCCAAACGAGAAUAAUCCUGACACAGCAGCAGAAGGUUCAGAACAUUUUCUACAAGCACCUAAAACACCUGACUCAAAGGGGAAGAAAACCCAGUUUUCUAAAACACCUCCAUUUGACUUCAUUCACAACGUGGGUUGUGAAGAAGCAACAUCAAAAUCUCCUGCUUUCUUUUCUUUUUUGGGCAUCUCCCAGAAGUCACCUGGCUUUAAUUUGUUUGAUUCUUCUGUAUUUGGGGCAGAAAAUUCAUCUGAUGAGAUAGAUGAAAGUUAUUCUGUGGGAAACUUGAACCCCAUAUCACCACAUAAAGAUUUUGGAAGCUUAUUUGGGAAAUCAGAAAGUGAGGACACAUUUGCCUUUCCCUUCCCCUUGGAAUCAACUUCUCAUGCUUUUGGAGAUGGCAAAGAUGACUUCAGUUUUCCAUUUGCAUUUGGACAAGAUCAGAGAUCAUCGCAGUCUCCUUCUGUGAAAGGUUUUCAUUCUUCUUUGCAAAAUGCGAAGCCAUCUACAUUCUUUUGAAUACGUUUAACUUCCUUUUAAAUUCUUUUCCUACUUAGCCUUGACAGAUGUUUCCGUUUUCAUAAGUUAAAGUACAAAGCAUUUCACCUUCUUUCAUUUCACUUUAGAACACAUUACUGCAAUUGCUGCAAGAGCACGUGUGCGUUCAUCAAGUGCAUGCUUUGAGAUGCAGCUUUUAUUUUUCUUAUUCAUUUUCUGAAUAUGUUGUUUUCAUAAAAUGUUAUGAUAUGUUCUACCUAAACUGUCUCUGAGAAGCAGAAGAAAUGUCAUUUUAAGACAGCAUGAGGAAUAAUUAUUUCAUCAUCUGUGAGAGCAUCCAAACUUCUAGAUGAGUGUUUAUAAUCUCUGACUUAAGCUUUAGUAAAAGUAACUGUUUAUUGUUCUGGACGAAGCUGAAUAUGAGUUACUGUUCUUAUAUUGGUUAUCUGUUACAAAGUUCUUGAAAUAAACAUUUUCUUUAAUUUUAUGUAAAA